UCUUCUUCUUCACUUUGUUGUUUUGGGGUAUAAGAAAUUUUCUAAUUCUAGGGCAAAAUAAGAGAUUCAGAAAAUGGAAGGUGGAGAUGAAGGAGUUGAGAUGGUGGUUGAUUCCAAAGAUAUGCAGCAGCAGAGUAAAGCUUUCGAUAAGCUCACUGACCGCGUCGAAGAUCGUCAGCUUGAUUCUACUCGUGUUCAAGAAGCCAUGGCUUCCAUUGCAGCUUCUGCUGAAGCCGAUUGGAAUACUAUGCGAUUGAGGGAGAAAGAAUUAGCUGCUGUCAAGAUAAAUGCAGCAGACGUUGAUAUAAUUGCAAACGAACUAGAGCUGGACAAAAAGGUGGCAGAAAGAACCUUGCGUGAGCAUAAAGGUGACGCAGUUGCUGCUAUUCGUCAUUUACUUCACUAAUGUGGUAGAAACAAACAAGGGCAAAUGUUUCAGAAUGUGAUUUAUUAGCUUCUAUUUGUUGUUUUGCAUUAAAACGGUCACCUCAAAUGUAUACUAUGAUUUAGUUCAUUCGAAAUCUGAACUAUGUUAUUGACUUUCGAAUAACCCUACCCCCUCAAUUUUUCUGGUCCAAUAGAAGUUCCUAUUAUCUAAUGGUGGAGCAUGGUGCUUGAUGAAGAUCUCUCCAUGUUUGUAUGCUUGCAUUUUUUAUAUAUAGUUUGUCAUCGUCAAGCUCGGCUUGUACUAGUUUCCACUCAAAUGUGACAGAACUAAACACUUUUGUCAUUCUAUUUUGUUGCUUGUUGGGCAAUCCAACUAUUUUGUUGCUUGCACUUCAUGUGUGGUAAUUUUAGUGGAAGGAGUAUAAUA